AUGAAAUACGUCAUGUUCCUAUACACUGAAAGCGAUAAAAUCAAAGCUAGGAAACUAAGGGAUUAUUUACAAGGUAGGCUACGAAACAUAGCAGAUUUAAGAAGUAUUGGUGAAAUUUCAGCAGAGAAACGGGAUUUCAGGAAUGAACUUCGCUGCAACGGGGACUGCGUCGUUUUGGUCGGAUCACGACAUGCCUUUACCCUGAUCAAAGGUAAACAACAAGAGGCUGACGACGACUUCCUUACUUUUGACGGAAAGGUAAUACAUGAAGAGUUCUCGGGAAACAGAGAAUUUAUUGAAAAACUGAUAAUUGUAUACUUGGCGACGGAAAGAGCCAAUGAUGACUGGAUCCCAGAUGGUCUUGAUGAAAAGAGGAUCUUCAAUCUGCAGGGCGAAAAAAUUGUGGAAAGUCCUUUGCUGUAUCAGCUCGAGUAUUCCAUAAGGAAAAUAUUGCUUGGAGAUUCCUUUAUGAUGUAG